UCUCUGCUCUGUGUUUCCUCUCCUGUAGAUGAGAUCAUCUCAGCUAAACCUGGACAGAACAUCAUUCUACCAUGUAGAUCUGAUGACAGCAGACCUGUUGUAGCUGUAGAGUGGAGCAGAACUGAUCUGGGAUCAGAUCAUGUUCUUAAGUUCAGAGAUAAGAAGAUUGAUCCAGAUGGUCAACAUCCAUCUUUUAAGAACAGAGUGGAUCUUCAGGACAGACAGAUGAAGGAUGGAGACGUGUCGUUGGUUCUGAAGAACGUGAUGACAGCAGAUUCUGGAACAUAUGUGUGUAGAGUGGACUUCAGUAAACCAAACCACAGCAGGAGAAGCCCUCAAAAACCUGAUUAUAUCACCAAAUACUACCUGCAGGUUCUUACUCCAGAUCACAACAUCACAGCUGAACCUGGAGACACCAUCACUCUACCAUGUAGAUCUGAUGACAGCAGACCUGUUGUAGUUGUACAGUGGGACAGAACUGAUCUGAGAUCAGAUCAUGUUCUUCUGUUCAGAGAUGAUCACAUUUUUAUAGAUGGUCAAGAUCCAUCUUUUAAGAACAGAGUGGAUCUUCAGGACAGACAGAUGAAGGAUGGAAACGUGUCUUUGGUUCUGAAGAACGUGACGACAGCAGAUUCUGGAACAUAUGUGUGUCAAGUUCAGAGUCAAGGAAGUCAAGAGAAGAUAAAGACCUGCACCAUCCAGCUGCAGGUGUCUCUUCCAGGACACAAGGAAGGACGUGAUGGAGGACAACAGGAAGGACAUGAUGGAGGACACCAGGAUGGAACCAGUGCAGGACCUUCUGGACUGAUGGUGGUUCUGGUAGUUCUGUCUGUGGUUGCUCUGAUGAUUCCUGCUGUGAUUGUUAUUAUUGUGAAGAGAAGGCUGGCCCGCCAUCCUCCUCCUCCUCCUCCUGAUGAAGCAGUAGAACUUGGACCAAUCAACAUGUCUGACAGAACUCCAGAACAGCAGCAGAGUUCUGUUGAACCCAACAAUGAAUCAGAACCUGUUCUCCAUCUCAUCAACACACCUGUGCCUCCUUGAGCUGCCACCUCAUGGUGCUGGAGGACU